UACCCUGGUUCCUACGGCUAUGUAAUUUAUAUUUUUGUAAUAAUUGAAAAAAAAAUCACACUGCAAUAUAUGUACAGUGUAUAUGUUGGACCAUGACUUUGUCUUUACAGGUUUUCCAAAUGUAAUUGGAUGUAUAGAUUGCACCCAGAUCAAAAUCAGUAGACCAAAUGAAAAUGAAGCUGACUAUGUGAACCGGAAAGGGUUCCACAGUUUGAACAUACAGAUGGUAUGUGAUCCAAAUUUCCGAAUCACCUCACUCUCUGCCCGAUGGCCUGGGUCUUGUCAUGAUGCCAGAAUUUGGAGGACAUCUGCUUUAUACCAAAAAUUUGAAAAUGGUGAUGUUGAUGGUAUUUUACUUUGAGACUCUGGGUAUCCUCUGACGAAAUAUUUAUUAACUCCCUAUCUGACACCUCGUGACCCAUCUGAGGAGAGAUUUAACUCAAGUCUUUGCAGAACCAGGGUUGUGAUAGAACAAACUUUUGGCAUUCUAAAGAGGAAAUUCCAGGCCUUGCAUUUUGGUCUCCGGACAACACCUGACCAGGCAGUCACAUACAUUACAGCAUGUAGUAUACUUCACAACAUUGGCGUGGAGAGAAAGGACACCAUGAUCAGCAGUGACUGCCGAGAUUUGAAUAUUGCAGAGUGCCAGCAUCAUGUAAUUAAUGGUCCUUUGCCACAGGCAAGAAAUGAUGAAAUUGCAAAGAGGAUAUCUAUCACACAAGGGUUCUUCUGAGGUCUUAAAUGUUUUGAAUAGAAAUGUGUCAAUAUCAAAUCUCAAGCAAAUUAAAAAAAAAAACUUAUACAGUAGUAGUAGAAAACUAGCUAUAAUAAAAUAUUUAUAUCCCCGCUCCAAAGGAGCUUGACAUUUUACCACAUUCUUUGCAGAAGCAUUCCAUAACGUACAUUCAUUUCAACUUCCUGACCAGAGAGAUGGUGUCAUGAAGAGAGUGGCAAACACCAAUGGAUUUUUUUUUUAUUUUGUCAGUAAGAAUGUUGUUCAUGACCAAUCGACUCGCUCAGAUGAGCAAUAUGGCCCAUGGUCCCCUUGUUUAACUAAGAACUACUAAGUCACUAAAAGCUGACUUAUGAAAACUCUGUUUUGUUUUGUUGUUUUUUUUGUAUUUUUGAAAAUUAGCUUUGUAUGUAAUGAGAAAGAAAAUUAGUCAGAAACAUUAUUUGUUUAAUGUUCAUAAUGAUUUCAUAAUGAUUCUUUUAAUAAACAUGAAAAACUACAGCUCUGCAGAGAGCUCAGUCAAAAAAGAGGGAUAUGA